AUGGCUCCACCCACCCCCUCCGUCUCUGACCCAACUUCUCCCUAUUACCUGCAUAAUAGCGAUCACCCUGGCACCCCUCUUGUCACCCAACUUCUUAAUGGUGACAACUUUCCGACUUGGAGUCGUGCCAUUACUAUGGCUCUCCAAGCAAAGAACAAGGUUGGCUUCAUUGACGGCACCCUCAAGAAACCUGCUGAUGACUCCACUGAUUUGUCUGCUUGGAGUCGAUGCAACUCCAUGGUUACAUCUUGGUUGAUCCACUCUACAAUUCCCUCUAUUGCCAACAGUAUUUUAUGGACCACCAACGCUCAUGAUGUCUGGAUCGACCUUAGUGACCGCUUCUCUCAACAAAAUGCUCCUCGUAUCUUCGAGAUACGACGUUUCAUCUAUAACCACAGUCAAGGAACAGAUUCGAUCUCUGCUUACUAUACAGCCUUGAAGGCCUAUCGAGACGAGUUGUCAUCAUAUCGAACUCUUCCCACCUGCACUUGUGGCGCUAUGACAAGCCUCAAUGGCUUCAUUGAAACUGACGCUCUCAUCGAUUUCCUUCAAGGUUUGAAUGACUCGUUCUCUGCUGUCCGGAGUCAAAUACUCCUUAUGGAUCCACUGCCCUCUAUGGCCAAGGCCUAUUCUUUACUGCUGCAGGAGGAACGCCAACGCUCUCUUCACGAUGCUCGGCCCAUUCCUCUCGAUCAAGCUGCCUUGGCUGCCCAACACUCCUCCACCAGCCGUGAUUCCAAAGGUCGUUCUCGUCCCCGAUAUCAUUGCAACUAUUGCGAUAUGGACGGGCAUUCUGACUCUCGCUGUUUCAAGCAACAUGGCUACCCACCCAAUUGGACGCCUCGCAAUGGAGAUGGUACUAAGUCUAAGCCCCGCAACAACAAUGUUCACGCUGCCAAUCUUACUGCAACCAACGCACCUCUUGCAUCUGCGAUUGCUCCCACCAUCUCUGCCUAA